AACAGCCGAAACUAGAGCAAGCUUUAGCCAACGCUUCAGCUGCUUUGGUUGCUUUCACAGUUUUUCACUGUAGCUGCUUUAGCUUUAGCAGUGAAGUUUGUGAAGUCGGUGAGGUCAAGAAGGGGUGAAGUAGUGUCGUUAGUGUGGCUUGUGCGCUUCAGGGCUUCAGCUAGUUUGAAGGGUUUGAGGCCUUCAAGCUGACGAAGUACAUGAUGACUCAACUCAACAUUUUACUCGUUUACGUUGUAUAACAGCAGAAGAAUCUUGAGAAUAUGCGCAUUUUUAUGAACAAGCGAUUUUCGCGAAAGCGUCGUCCGAAGAGGUGUGUUCACACUUCGUCGCGGUGGUGGGUGUGUGACACAGCUUUUGGGUUCCUGUUUUCUGAACUUCUCGUUGUUUCCACCGAGAAAAGUGUGCCAAAUUAGCGAAUUCCAGUCGGUCUUCGAGCGUCUCCAGAUGAUUAGCGACAGCUGUUUGAUAAUGUGAGCGACACAGCUCCCGAAAUCAAGCAAAAAUGGACAAGUUGACCGUGAUAUCCGGUACUCUGUUUUUUGCUGCAAACGUCUUUGCCAUUCUGAGCCUGGUUCUUCCCGACUGGAUCGUGUCCGACGUAGGAGGCGACACACGGCUCGGCCUGCUGCAGACAUGCACGACCCUGCAGGGGCGGCCCCAGACCUGCUUCCCGCCCACCCUUCAGCCCGAGUGGAUGCUGGCCCUGGUGUGCAUCGUGCUGGGCUGCGUCUGCAUCACAGCCACCACUGUACUGCUGGCCUUGUCACGCUGGAACGUCCGCGUCGUGCCGUACGCCCGCUGGAUGGGGUUCUCAGCCAUGCUCCUGUUCUGCCUGGCGGCAGUCAUCUUCCCGGUGGGCUUCACCAUGGACGAAAUUGGUGGCGAGCCGUACCAGUUGCCCAGCAGCCACCAGGUGGGGCUGUCCUACAUCUUCUUCGUGCUCGCCCUCUGGAUCACCGUGAUCUCGGAGCUGUUCGCCGGCAAGGUCUGCAUGCCACACUUCUGAGGACGUUGGCCCUUACUGCGUGAAUCGCCGUGCAGUGGCGACAAAUUCUCCAGGGGCAUUACUGACAUUUCUAAUAAACAAAAAAAAAAAAGCAUC